AGGGCACAGGAAGUGCUUGUGAGAAUUCUGGCAUCUGUCUAUUUCUAGAGCUUGGCAGAAGCCUUACCUGACUUUUCUGGAGAGCAGCUGAUAGACAGGACAGCCUGGUGGGCACACUGAUUCACACACACUGCUGAUUGGAGCACCAAGCACAAGCCCACACAUCUAGACCUGUCUCAAUCUCUGAUCAUGCCUCAACGCCAGAAGAGGCAGGUUACGGUGGCCCGGAGGGACCAGGGGGCUACGAAAAAGAUGACGCUGAUCACUGUGUCUUGUGUACUGGUCACACUUGGGAUAUUGGCAGUGGGUGCUUACUUCAUCUGGUGUCUUGUCGACAGCAAGUUCUUCUUCUGCUCUCAGUCAUUGAAGUUCAUCCCUGUGGCGAUGGUGUGUGAUGGGAAAGCAGACUGUGCUGGUGGAAAGGACGAGCUCACAUGUGUGUCCAGCAAGCCGGCCAAUGCCACCUUCCCAGUGCGGUUGGUGGGUGAGAGCAUGGUGCUACAGGUGUUCAGGGUGGAGGCUGGGUGGAGCACUGUGUGUGCAGACGACUGGGGAUUGAGCGACACCCGCAGUGCCUGUCAGCAUCUGGGAUACACACUGAACCCUAAAAGCGAGAGACUGGAUAUCACCAGCCUACACCACUCACUGGGAGAGUCCUUCAGUGCAGUAAGAGCAAGAACUAAGGGUCCUCUUCACACUGCACUCAUCAGCAGACAAACCUGCAUCUCAGGCUCUGUGAUAGCUCUAUCCUGCUCAGACUGUGGGGAUGCGGUGGGGCAAGACCGGGUGGUGGGAGGUUCUGACACCACCAUAGAGGAGUGGCCGUGGCAGGCCAGCCUGCAGAAAGACAAGCAGCACGUCUGUGGAGGCUCCCUGGUCUCCCUCACCUGGCUUAUCACCGCUGCACACUGCUUCAGCCGUGAUGGGAAUGAUCUGAACCUCUGGCAAGUGGUGCUGGGUAGCACCCACCUGAUGUCUACUGGGGGGAUUUCUGUAGCAGCCAUCAUAAUCAAUAAAGAUUACAAUGGUUUCACUCACGACUAUGACAUCGCCAUGCUGAAGCUCACCAGGCCUGUCACUACCGGAGACACCCUCCGCCCAGUGUGCCUGCCUCCCCACAGCCUGCCUCUGAAGGCAGGGGACCCCUUGGUGGUGACUGGCUGGGGCUUCCAGCAGGAGAAAGGUAAAAUCUCCUCAAUUCUGCAGAGUGCCACUGUGUCUCUGAUUGACAGGAAGGUGUGCUCCCGCCCCUCCAUCUACGGCCCCUCACUCACUCCCAGAAUGCUGUGCGCAGGGAACAUGGAGGGCGAAGUGGACGCGUGCCAAGGUGACAGUGGGGGUCCACUGGUGUUCCUAUCCAAGUGUUGGCAGCUGGUGGGGGUGGUGAGCUGGGGGGUGGGCUGUGCCCGCCCGGGGAAUCCUGGGGUCUACUGCAGCGUAGAGCAGCAACUCAACUGGAUCUACUCCAUCAUGGAGAUGUACUCCUAAAAAUCCAGUUUCUCUCAGAACUCAACUGACUGGCGUUCUCUCUCUCUCAAUGAGCGCUGAGUGAGUCUGGCAAACCUUCACUCAAAGGACAAACACAUUCCACUGACCUGUGACUGAAUACUGAGCUGUGACUGUUCACGUUUUUAUUCUUUUAGACUCCCUUUGAGAGAUGUAAGUACUGUGUGAGAUGUAAGUACUGUGUGAGAUGUAAGUACUGUGUGAGAUGUAAGUACUGUGUGAGAUGUAAGUACUGUGUGAGAUGUAAGUACUGUGUGAGAUUCUUGUAUGUAUCAAUGUUUUAAUAAAUUUGAUUUUUUUUAAAUGGUUGAUUUGAUAAUAUUGUCUUUUUUUUUGACAGCCAAGAAAUGACAACAUGGUUUUAUUUAAACGUUUAUUGGAUUCUGGUGGGUUUUAUAAUAAACAAUACAGCUGAUCUGCAUGGUGGAGAGAUUACAUGGGAGGGGGCAUCAUUUGAGAGGGAGUAAAGAGAAAUGACUGUACAUUUGCGUUAGUUGGGAUAGCAAUGUGGGACCAAGGUGUCUACUGUCUGGCGACAUUAUAGCUUCACAAACAUUCUGUUGUCAAAAGUGCAAUAAUGGAUGACAGAGGUCACUG